AUGGCUCCAUCAGAGGCCCGGUCACUGGAAGAUGCCAGCACCGUUCCUCUAUUAAGGGACAGCCAUGAACACGACGACCAGGAAAGAGGAUCAAAAGUCAACCCCACAUCCUCACCGCAAGCGCAAGUCCGCCUCUACUGGCUCSCCGCCGUCCUGUGCUGCGGCGCACUCCUCUUCGGCUACGACUCUGGUCUCAUCGGCGGCGUCCUAACAUUCCAAUCCUUCCACUCCGACUUCCGCUUCGGCGCCUAUGGGCCCCGAAGCGAAACAACAGUCAGCGCCAUCGCAGUCGGAACACAACAAACCGGCGCUCUGGUCGGCUGUUUCGCAGUCUGGCCUGUCAACAACAUCUACGGCCGCCGGAUGGCGAUAGGCGUGUGCUCGCUCGUGUUUUGUGUCGGCGUUGUUUUAGAGCUACUGAACUGGCACUCCCUCCCUUUGUUCUACGCGGGUCGAGUAAUCGCCGGCCUGGGCGUGGGAGGUUCGUCAAGCGUUAUUCCGAUUUAUCUGUCUGAAAUGGCACCAAAGGAAAUCCGCGGCCAGCUGGGGAGUUGCUUCCAGUUCAUGUUCACAAUCGGCAUUUUCGUGUCGUACUGGAUUGAUUAUGCCGUCGGGUUCAUGUCCCCGCAAACAGCGCAAUGGCAGAUCCCCAUUGCACUUCAGCUCGUGCCCGGAGGGUUAAUGGGUCUAGGUGUACUAACGCUCCACGAAAGCGUGCGCUGGCUCGUCGCAAACGGUGACCUACAUCGCGCCUCGAAGAGUCUCGAAUGGAUCCGUGCUAUCCCUGACGAUAAUGGAGACGAAAUAAUACAAGACGAACUUUCCGACAUAAAACAAGGCAUCGACGAAGAAGCCGCCGCCAAAGCUGGAUUCUCCUUUCUCGAACUCCUCGAAUGGUCAAAUGCGCACCGCAUCUUACUAGCAGUGGGGAUAUUCCUCGCGCAACAAUCAACCGGCGCAACGGCACUGGCCUACUUCGGUCCUCAAUUCUUUGCUCUGAUCGUUGGUCCGGGGGACAAAACGCUUUUACUCACGGGGAUCUUUGGAUUCAUAAAAGUGGUUUCGUGCGGAUUCUUUAUUGUGUUUUUAUCAGACAGAUUUGGUAGGAAGAGGUUACUCUUUGUUGGAGCGGCGCUUAUGGCUUUGGGUAUGUUUGGGACUGCUGCUUUGGUGAGGUCUAUCAAUCUUGCGCAACCGGAAAGGACGGUUUCAGGCUCGGUUUCGUCAAAGGCUGUAAUGACGAUUGCGCUUAUAUACUUUACCAUUAUCGUAUUCAACCUCAGCUGGGGACCUUUACCGUGGCCGUACGCCUCGGAGAUAUUUCCUACACGUAUCCGCGAGUCUGGGGUGGCAUGCGGUGUCGGAUCUCAGUGGUUAUUCAAUCUGAUAUGGAGCUCUGCGACGCCUUAUCUUCUUGCUGAGAUUGGUGGUUGGGGUACGUUUUGUCUGUUUGGGAGCAUGUGUGUAGGAGUAUGUGCGUUCGUGGUGUUUGCGUUGAAGGAGACGGUCAAUAAGACACUAGAGGAGAUUAAUUCUAUGUUUUAG